AUGGAUUUUGACCUUGUCAUCCGCAAUGGUACCGUCGUGACUGCCUCAGACAUCUGGGAGUCUUGUGAUAUUGGAAUCAAAGAUGGGACAAUUGUUGCCGUCGGUCCUCGUCUUCCAGCCACAACUGGCGCGCAAGAGAUCGACGCUGAAGGAGCUUUUAUAACUCCCGGUGGAGUUGACUCUCAUGUUCAUCUCAAUCGCGAAAACUAUGUCGCUGACACGUACGACACGGGCACGCGCAGUGCAGUUGCUGGAGGAACGACAACAGUAAUUACGUUCGCCUCACAAACGAAGAAGGACGCAAGUAUCAUUCCUGUUAUUGAGAACUACCACAAGCUUGCCAAGGACCAGUCCUACUGUGACUACGCUUUCCACGUCAUUAUCACCAAUCCGACGCCCCAAAUCGUUGAAGAUGAAUUCCCGCGGAUGGUCGACGAGUACGGAAUUACGAGUGUGAAGUUGUAUAUGACAUAUAAACCCAUGAAGCUUCUCGAUUACCAGAUUCUUGAUGUUAUGUAUCACGCUCGGAAACUUGGUAUCACCACGAUGGUGCACGCCGAGAAUGCCGAUAUCAUCGACUGGAUGACGCAGCAUCUCGAGGAGAAGCUCAUGACGCAUCCUCACCAUCAUGGCACAUCUAGACCUCCGAUCGUGGAGGCUGAGGCGACGAACCGCGUCAUCUGUCUGGCUGAACUGAUGGAUACACCGAUCCUGUUGGUGCAUAUAUCCGGGGGGCCUGCCACGAAGCACAUCCGCGAUGCACAAACGAGGCUGCUUCCGAUCUACGGUGAAACGUGUCCCCAGUACAUGUUCCUUCUCGCUGAUUCGAUGCGAAAGGGGGACUUCGAAGGCGCGAAGUGCGUAUGCUCACCUCCGAUCCGGGAGGACAAGUCCGACCAAGACGCCAUAUGGGCUGGGAUCAAGAACGGAACAUUUAAUGUCGUCUCUUCAGACCACGCUCCUUGCAAGUAUGACCAUCCAAACGGAAAGCAGCGCGGGCUCCAACACGGGAACCUUCCAUACGGCAAAUUCCGUUUCAUACCGAACGGCCUACCUGGUGUAGAAACCCGUGUUCCGCUUCUCUUUUCCGGCGGGGUCCUCUCCGGGCGCAUCUCCCCACAGAAGUUCGUCGAGGUCACGUCCACAAACCCAGCUAAGCUAUAUGGAUUGAAGAAAAAGGGCAGCAUUGCCCCUGGCUUCGAUGCUGAUUUGGUUAUCUGGUACUCACAAACAAAGUCCCAGCCAUUCAAGCUCACAAACGAAAUGCUGCACCACGCUAUCGACUAUACGCCGUUUGAGGGUAUCGAGUUCAAGAACUGGCCGAGGUACACAAUCAUCAGGGGCAAGGUGGUGUUUAGUCAUGGGGAGGUAAUUGGGGAGAUGGGGUAUGGUCAGUUUAUUCAGCGAGAGAAGAGUUUACUUCCAGGACCAAGAGAUGUUUGGUUGAACGAAUGGCGUCCCUAAUUCAUUGAUCGUUGUACUCCAAUUUCCAUAUACCGUUCCAUGUGAACUGAAUUCCUUGGUGGUGUAAACCAGCUGUUUCACUGAUAUGUGCGAAGUAAGAAAUACCGAGGCUGAUCCUCAAGCUUUGGGAUUGAGUCAUUGAAAAUAUGGCCAAAGUUCUGGAUGAUAUCAUCUCGCACACUGCAAAUAUUCUUUCAAAGGUCAAGAUGAGCUACCAGUUCUCCACUGUGAUGCAAGGCGCUCACCGUCCGACCACAAAUAUUGUCG